AUGGAUAACUUGUUCAAAGUGGCAGGACAACUGGCUGGAGGAAGACAGGGCCAGGGCCUCUCUUCUGGUAGCUCUAGUAUUAUGCACAAAAUCACGGAUGCAGUAAGCGGGCAGAAGCAUGAGGGAGACGGACAGAAUCCACGACCUUACGGGGCCUUUCCCGGCCUUGUGGGAGGCGGCCCUGGCCCGGAUCCUCACCAACGCAUGCCGUACUCCUCCGGCAAUCCCACGGGACCGUACUACUACGACGCGCAAAAUGCCAGACACGGAGAAAUGGGCGGCAACCACCCGUACGGAAGCAAUCGCCAAGGACAUGUAGCUGGAGACGAACGUAUGGGUCCCUCCUUCUCCUCUUCCCACGGUCCCGGCUUCCGAGGUGGAAGCGAACAUCUCUACUCAGGCGGACAUUACGACGAGCACAGGGACGACUUUGGUGGCCCUCCACCACUGCAGCAGACCAAUACCGUUUACUACGGCGGACAGAAAGGCCAUAGUGGUGGCAGCGGCGGUCAACCGGGCCCUUACUACGGACGCGAGGGCUUCGACCGCUCCCAUGGCUUCGAGGCCCGCGAGCACAGUUACGGUCCAGGUGCUGGCGGGCACGGCUAUGAGCAACACGGAUACAACAGACAGUAUGAGAACGAUCACUAUGGCGAUAGACCAUCUGGACACAGCCUGCAAGGACACAAUCCGCACGACGCGAGCAACCAGCAUGGCUACGAGCAAAGCAGGUACAGCCGACAUUGA